AGGUGGAGGGGAGGGAAAAGGGAACGGAAUCCUAUCUUGAGUUGAUAGCUGUCAGCCGGCAACGUUUAGGCGCGGGUCCAAAAUCACGGUAUCUGAUUGGCAAGGUUGGAGGGGCUGGACGGCGCUGAUUGGUUAGCUAGGCGUCGGACCAGGCUCUACCCGGUUACGGAAGCCGGCGAGGGCCUUGCGCGGGCCAGGCCUGAAAGAAGUUACCCGGCGAACCCCGGAUAGCGGUGGACAGGGACCCGGACCCAUGGCGACCCCAGAGGCCAGCGGUAGCGGCGGGAAUGACGAGGGCUGCGACCCCUCUGUCACCUACUACCGACUGGAGGAGGUGGCGAAGCGAAACACCGAGGAGGAGACGUGGAUGGUGAUCCACGGGCGAGUCUACGAUAUCACCCGCUUCCUCAGCGAGCACCCUGGUGGGGAAGAGGUUCUGCUGGAACAAGCUGGUGCUGAUGCAACAGAAAGCUUUGAAGAUGUUGGCCACUCCCCUGAUGCCAGGGAAAUGCUAAAGCAGUACUACAUUGGUGAUGUCCAUCCGAGUGACCUUAAACCUAAAGGUGAUAAAAAGGAUCCUUCAAAAAGCAGUACAUGCAAAAGUUGCUGGGCAUAUUGGAUUCUCCCCGUGGUGGGCGCCAUUCUUGUAGGGUUCCUGUAUCGUCACUUCACCACCGACAGCAAAUCCUCCUGAGGCGACCAUGUUGGAGUGUGGGAGCACAUGCUCCUGGAGCGAGAAGUAGACACUUACUGUGGAGGCUGCAGCAAUGCUCCCUUCUUAAAUCUUGCCAGUUGUUUUCCUCCCCACUUGGAGCCAAGAUGGUUGACCAGAUAUCUAUCCUCCUCAGUCUAGGACCAGGGUCCUUCACCAGCCAGAGCCUGAUGCCCAAAGCUCUUACUCACAUUGUGUCCUUGCUAGGGUUUCUUCUCACUGGCUUCCACUUGUUUCCUUCAUUUCAAGAGUUUAUGCCUAUAAUUAGAGUUCUGAUGUUGUAGUGACAUGGCCUUUGGGGACAAUAUAUGAUUUCUCUUACUUUGACUUUGCAUUAGAUAUAUUUAAGGGAACAGCACUCUAAUUUUGAAUCUUUUCCCAAUUUUUUUGAAGUAAAUUUAUUUUUUAAUUCUGAUUUAAUUUUGUCUUUAUCAUAAGGAGUUUAAUUCGUGAAGUUAAGAUAUGUCUCUCUUAUUUAAAUCAUAGCUCCCAAAUGAUCUUAUUUAUGAUUAUUAAAAGUAAGGGACCGAAAGCUAUGUCAUUGGAUAAAAGCAAUUGCCACAAAGCCUGAUGACCUGAGUUUGAUUUUCUGGACCCACACGGGUAGGAGAGAAGCAGUUACCAGAAGCUGUCCUCUGGCCUCCACACACAUGCUGUGGCCCUAGUGCACACACACACCUGUUUAUACACACAGGUGCACACAUUCGGACAGAGCACACACAGGCACAAGUGUGCACUAAACAAAUGUAAUUGUUAAAAAGUAUACAAAAAAAUAAAAAUUAAAGAAAAAGGACUAUGUGGUUUUCUCCCUCCCAGUUAGUGUAGCUGAUGGCUCCUCUUGUCCCUAAGUCUGGCCCCUUUCUUCCCAAGAAUACUUUAUAAAACUCUGCAUCCCUUUGGUUUCUCAGGUGUAGAAGAGCCAAAGAAGGGAUCGGCGAGUUAAGGUGAAUUCAGAAUAAUCUCUUUUAAAAGAGAACAAAGCACCACUUACAGGACAGCAGUUAAGACACCAGUUUCCAGCCAUCUUCACCCUGGCUGUCUUUGCUAGCGAAAGAUGAGUCUUCCCAUGGCACUUCACUAAAGCCUGGGAUGCUGCCCCUGGGGCUUCAUGGAAGGCUCUCGUUGCCUUUUUAUUUACUUAUUAACAAAUGUUUGAUUCUGUUUUAUCAAAGUAAGAGACUUAAGUUUGGUCUUUUCUCAGUAAAAUAACUUCCAUGUAAAUGUCAUUGUUGGGGCAUGCCACUUCAGAUCCGGAGACCUUGCCAAGAGACUUCUGUUUUCAUCUGUGUUUACCUCCAUGGCUCCAACAUGGUGAUUUUGUUCUGCUUUUCUUCUGAGGAUUAUAGUGAUAAAUCUGGACGCUUUUUCCCCUCCCUUGGAUAUGUAUUUCAUUGGAAAGUAAUCAUUUAAAAUUACUGUUUUUCAUUGGUUCAGGCAUUUUCCUGGCAUCUUUGACUUUAUUCGUUUCCCUGUGGUGAUACCUGAGUUUCCCAGCUAUUUUUUUUUUUUUACCCAUUAUCUGUGAUUGUCCUCCACAUUCUUUGUUCAUUACCAGUCUGCUUCCGGGCCUUUGUCAUAUCUAGCAGGAAGCCAUUGAAUUCUAAAAGGACCAGAGAUGCUGGGAAGUGUCUCCUGCCUCCCUUCCAGCUUGUCAUGGGGCUUGACAGUACAGGAAACUGCACAUUAAACCAGUCUGCCCAUGCAAACUAUUUAAGAAAAAGUUCAGGCCAGGAUUUCUAUCCUGAGAUUCAGCAGUUGAAUGAAUUCAGAAUUCAUCAAAAUAACAUUAGCCUUUUCCUUGCGUACUUGGAUAUGAUACGUUAGAGUAAUUUCUAGAUGACUUUUAUGUAUCAGGGAUACAGACCUAAUCAAACUUCUGUCUUUAAUAAUGUCUGUAAUAAGCCGGGCGGUGGUGGCGCACGCCUUUAAUCCCAGCACUCGGGAGGCAGAGGCAGGAGGAUCUCUGUGAGUUCGAGACCAGCCUGGUCUACAAAAGCUAGUUCCAGGACAGGCUCCAAAACCACAGAGAAACCCUGUCUCGAAAAACCAAAAAAAAAAAUAAAAAAAUAAAAAAUAAUAAUGUCUGUAAUAUACGAGAGUGAAACUCUAGUUUCUCUGUAACGAAAGUGGCAUGACUGACACCUCCGCUAACGGCAAGGAAGGGUGUGCAGUGCGGCUUGGGGGCCCCUUGCUGUGAGAGCCAAGCUACGUGGGAUGUGUUGGGUAGAUGGAAAGAAUAAGGGCCCAUUGAGGUACAGGAAGGGAGCAUUCAAGCUAACCUAAGCCUGAGGAUAACUUGGGUCAGUUGUGAAUGUUUCUUGGCAUCUCUUCACAUCCAGUGAAAAACAUCUGAUUAUAGAAAAUGUUAAGGACUGUUUUUGGCUGGUCAGUGGUGGUGCACACCUUUAAUCCCAGCACUUGGGAGGCAGAGGCAGGCAAAUCUCUGAGUUCAAGUCCAGCCUGGUCUACAGAGUGAGUUCCAGGACAGCCAGAACUAUAUAGAGACCCCAUCUCAACACCGUCCACAAAAAAGAGCUGUAUUUUUUUUUUUAAGUAAAAUUGGUGUUUUGGUAUUUCUAUGGUAAGCAUCAAUACAAAAACCGUGCUUUUUUAUUUCAUGUCUGUGAUUCCCCUGCUUUUAUUUGAGCUGUUUUACUGAGUGCCCAGAGGAAAAGAUUUUUAUGCUUUCAUCUUUGCCAUUUAUGAAAUCCAUAUAAUACCCAGGGCUUUUUUUGAACUACUGAUAAUAUGAUGUCAUUUUAUAUUACAUAUAUAAAAAAUGCUGCUUCUUUUUUGGCCAGGCAUAGGGGCAUGUGACUUUAUUCCCAGCACUCAAGAGGCAGAGGCAGACAGUUCUUGAGUUCUAGGUCUGCCUGGUCUGCAUAGCAAGCUCCAGUCCAGCCAAAGCUACAUAGUGAGACUCUGUCUCAAAACAAAACCACGAAACCACUUUCAUGUCUGUUUGCUGUAAUUCUGUUACCUACAUAAACGGGGGGGGGGGGGUAGGUCUUACGUGAGAGUUUGUUGAGGCUUUUCCUCAACAAGGCAAUACAGCAUGUGCACCAAAUGCAUUAUAAAACCCUGAACUUGUCAAAGAAGCCUUAACAUUUGUGGGCCAUGCAGACUAUCAUUGAGAGCAAGGGGAACUAGUCCCUGUUGGCUGACAGCACCCCCUACCUGUGGGGUGGUUUGUUGUUAAUUCUUGAAGUGGCCAACUGCCCCCACACACCAUGCAAGUUAACAGCUGGUGAGCACAAAAGAGGGAAUUUGUGCUACCAAGACCCAGGGUGUUAAUGCCCAUUCUGUAAACGUUCCUACCUGGCCCUGGGAGCUGGUUUUCCUUUCUGAGUGACUGCACGUCUGUAAAGAAAGCAGUGGGACAAAGCUUAUGAUCUGUGUUUGCAAACUUCUUGUGUGAUUACUUAAGCAGAGACAAGUCUGUCCAAAACUGUCCUUUGAGCUGCUAGGCUCUUUGAGCAGCUGCCACUGUUGCUUAUGAUGCUGGGUUGUGCUCAUUUAGCUGCUGAGGAGCAGUGAAAAGUGCUUUGACGAGCUGGAUGUGUCGUCACGCAUGGCGUUCAUCCUUCAUCCCAGGUGAUGCCCAUCAGGCUGAAGUCCACCUGAGGUGACUGAAGCACAGAGCAUGAAUGUUCUUUGCCUCCUACCCCAAGGGAAAUGGAUUCAGACAUGUCAUGUCUCAACAAGAAACUGAAGUUUUGAGGCUGUGGGAUGCAGUUGCCAAAUAUCCCAAAAGUAACAAAGAGCUCCGUCACAUUUGGCCAACUUUGGAAUUCGUGGGGGUGAUCUAGGAGGGGGGCUCUGAAGAAGCAGAGAUGUGUCUGUCAGCCACCUGCCUUAUGCCCAGUAUCUUACUCAUGGAUUUCAGUGGCCACCCGUUGCCCACGCCUACAUCGCCUACACUGGCAGUUUGGGCAGAACGUCAUUUCAGUUACUUAGCUCACUUUUUACUGCACCCUCAGCUGCAGGUGACUAAUGGUAACAUUCCUUCUGUGUAUUCAAUGAUGGAGUUUGUUUACCUAUUUGAUUGCAGCUUAUUUUGAACAAAGAUCUUUGUCUCUUUCUACUGGAAUGUGCACACAGUGAAUGUUUGUUAGAACUACACAAUAAAGACACUGUUUUCAUUUUCUCGUCCUGA